AUGGUGUCACACAGCUUGCCUUCGCCUCCCGCCGAGGAUACCAAGUCGGGGGCUUCUAGAAAGUCCCCCUGCACUUCCAAGUCUGCAAAGUCAACAAAUCGAGUCACCAAGCGACCUAGCGCCAGCGCUUCUGCGCUACACCAUCAUCAUGACCACAUUGCUCAGAGCGCAGGUAUCCACGGUCGACACAAGAGAGUUUGGAAGGCUUGCGAGAGAUGUAGAAUGAAAAAGACAAAGUGCGAUGGUGAAUUUCCUUGCAAGAGAUGCAAGGAUGAUGGUCUUGUUUGCACAGCGGGCGUGCGUAAGAAGGUCGAGUACAAGCAGUUGCCUCGAGGGUAUGCCGAAGUUCUGGAGAAUACCCAGUUCGCUCUCAUCGCCACUGUCCAUAAGCUGUACAACAUGGUCCGCAACUCGCAGCCCUGGGAAUUCGGCGAGCCCGACCUCAACGAUCGCGGGCUUCCAGUCAUCCACGAUAUUGCAAAGAAGCUGGGCUGCAUCCGACCCAACAAUGACGUCGACCUUCCCGUUCAUUCCGUCUUUCCCGAAGACGAAGCUGGUCUGGCUGAGCUUGCUCGCCAGUUGCAGGAACAGCAGAAGCAAGACGAUCAUGAUAGCCCAAAGGACGUCAAGGAUGCCGACUCGUCUCGGUAUCAGCGCAACGAUCGGGCCUCUUCAUCCGAGCUGGAACACUCUGAUUUCGAAGACUACCGGAAGGCGGCCUUUGGCGGCAACAACCCCAUCACUCUGUCACCACAAAGCUUUGCGGGCAGCAACGACUUUGAAUUCAGCUCCACCAUUCCCGAGAUGGACCCGGGUGCCCUGUUUGCCUCGACGUCACCGUCGUUGCCCGACUACAGGGCAUGGCAUUUCCCCAAGCCUCAAGACGGCGGUGGUGGGUUUGCGAUGCAGUUUCUUCACCAAGCCGGGGGGUUUGCGGGCAUGAACAUGCCGGAUCUGGGCAUGAUGGAUCCGGUGUUUGGCGAGAUCAAGCCCGACAUGUUGCCGUGCCCCAACCCGGAUGUCAUGAUGGGCAUGGCCGACCCCAUGAUCUACGGUGGCUUCGAGAACGAGGCGAUGAGGCUACAGUAA